AACUGAAUCAAAAUCCAUUAAAUUUUAAAAAGUUGGAUGGAAAUACUUUAAAUUUCAUCGACACUUACGAAAAGUUUCCUCAACUCUAUGAUGAAAAACAUCCGUUGUUUGGAAAUGUUGAGGAAAAAUUAAAAUCUUUAAGUGAAUUUGCAAAUCAACUUUUACUAGAACACGGCAUACAACUCACAGUCGAAUGGCUCUCCAACGUCAUAAGACAAUUACAGUCAUGGUAUUAUCAUUCCAAGACACGCAACGAAAACCAAAAGAGAAAAUUAAAUAAGCACGAAAUGGAAUACUUCAAGAAAUGUUCGUUCCUCCCGCAGAAGCGUUUAAGCGAUAAAUACUUUUGCAGCAUUUGCAAAAACGUAUUCAAUAUGAAAAGUAGUUUAGACGGCCAUCUCUUUAGACACCAUCAAAUCGGCGAUUUACCCUUUGAGUGCGAUCAAUGUGGAAAAAAGUUCUCUCAGAAAACUAUACUUCAACAGCACGUACAGCGAAUGCACGCCAGCAGGAAAUAUCGCUGCGAAUUUUGUGACAAACUAUUUGCCACACAGUCGGAACAAAACUUUCACACCAGAAUCCAUACGGCCGAAAAACCACAUGUCUGUGAAUAUUGCGGCAAAUCGUUUCGAAUUAAAACUCAAUUGGGUUAUCAUGUCACCGCUGUCCACACGAAAAUACGUGCCCACAAAUGCAACAUGUGUCCCAAGGAUUUCCUUACAAAACGUGACUUGACGGAUCACAUUAAAGCGCACUUGAAUAUACGCGACAAAAUAUGUGAAACGUGCGGCAAAGGGUUUUCCAAUAACCAUUCAUUUCGGCGACAUCGCCAAAUACACUCGGAAAUCAAACGAUAUGAGUGUAAAUUUUGCGAUGAAAAGUUCAAUCAGUUAAUAAGCCUCCAUAGACACAAAAAACGCAUUCACAAAGAUGUUAAGGAAACUGAGAAAAAUACCAAAAUUGAAAAAUCCUAA